GCGUGUCGGUCCAUAUCUUAUUAUUAACCACCAAAGGCUGGAGUGAGGCAGGGAGACAUGCUCCGUCUUAUACUUUUAGUGUGUUGCGUCGGCACUUUGUUUGCUGAAAAAGUUCGCUACGAUGGGCACAAAGUUAUUCGGGUGACACCCGACAAUGAAGCUGAGUUCCAUCAACUCGAACAAUUUCAACAAUACUUGGAGAAGAAAAGAGUUGACAUAUGGCACAGAAGCUCCGGACCCGGUUCUCACCUCGACUUCCGAUUGGGACCGGAUAUGAGCUACAUAUUGGACUCCCUGCGACUGAAGCCACAUGUUCUCAUUCCUAAUGUGCAGGACUAUAUUAACUAUGAACAGAAACUCAACACAAUAUCCAAACACACUGUAGGAGCUGGGUUUGACUACGGUGUAUAUCAUGAUCUCGACGAGAUCAUGGACUGGAUGAAAGACAUCGUUUCUCAGUAUUCUGAUAUAGCUCAGACGUUCCCUAUCACCCAGUCGUUUGAAGGCCGCCAGUUGAAUGGAAUCAAGAUUUCAGUGGACUCUCGCCCAGGAAAACAAGGAAUAUGGCUGGAGGGAGGCAUCCACGCCAGAGAAUGGAUCUCAACUGCCACAGUGAUAUACAUGACAGGACAGCUUCUAGAACAAAAUGGGAAAAACCCGGAUGUGACGGCAGCUCUCAAAGCCUUUGACAUUUACAUCGUCCCCGUCGUCAACGUCGACGGUUACGAAUACACCCGAACAACCGACCGGAUGUGGAGGAAGACGAGAAGCAAGCGUGACGGUCAGAAAUGUGUCGGGGUUGAUCCUAACAGAAACUGGGACUUCCACUGGUGCGAGGUGCCAGGUGCGAGCACUGACCCCUGCUCUGAUUCCUACUGUGGUCCAUCGGCGUUCUCUGAGAAGGUGGUCGGCGGCAUCGCCAACUACAUUCAGAACGAAACCGUCAACAUCGUUGGAUUUAUUGACUUCCACAGCUUCUCUCAGUUGUGGAUGACACCUUGGGCAUACACCACUGAUUUGCCUAAAGAUGCUGAAGCACAGAAGGUGACUUCAGCUGCAGCAGUGGAUGCCAUUGAGGCGGUCCAUGGAACCAAGUACAAGUACGGUUCCAUUGCCAACAUAAUAUAUGUGGCUUCCGGAAGUAGUGUGGACUGGACAUACGGUGUGGCUGAUAUCAAGUACUCUGUCGGUGUUGAACUGCGUGACACGGGAAAAUAUGGAUAUCUGCUUCCGCCAGACCAAAUAGUCCCUUCAGGAGAGGAAACGUUGGCGGGCGUGCUUGCUUAUAUGAGUAGCAUUAACAUGUCAUAAUAAAUGUUAAUUAUACCGAG